AAUGAGCUUUCCCUUCCUGGUUUGGCAAAGAUCAGCCAAUCACCAGCUCUGAUGCUAUCUGGAAAGAUGGCGCCUCGCUUUGUUUCAUGGUAGUGGGGAUUUCAUUUUUUUUAAAUCGGACUUGAAGAUAAAGCAUGCCAAGAUCUCACAAGUUCCAGACGUAAAAAAAAUUAAAAAUGAACAUCGACAAAUGCAGAUCCAGCAAGCUCACUACAUUGGUCACAAAACUUCAUGAGUUCCUGGAUUAUUCUCUGGAGAAGGAAAGUAGUGAAUCCCGAGUUAAUGAAAUCCCCAGUGGUGAAAUGGCCUCCAGUGACUCAAACACCAAUGAUCAAAUAAUGUCCAAGCCUAGUUGCUCCACCGAAGGAAUGAAGGCUUCAUCGCGCUCAAAGAGAAAACCUGCUAUUGUGACCAAGCAUAUAGAGUUCAAUGAGUCAGAAUCUGCAAAUGAGAGUGAACACGAUUGCACUGCAGGCAAUAUUAAUGAUGGGACUUUGGAUAUGGAUGCACUACCAGAAGAUACGGUUGUGGUGAAGCCAGAACCUGUGAGCAAUGAAGGAAAAGAUGACUUCAAAGGUCCAGAGUUUCGUAACAAAGGAGGGAAUAAAGUGAAAGAUGAGGUUGUACGGAAACGUUGCGAUGAGCACCUUCAAGAGAUUGUUAAUUGCACUGCCUGUGGACAGCAGGUCAAUCAUUUUCAGAGGGACUCCAUCUUUCAGCACCCUGCACUCAGUGUUCUCAUCUGCAAGACAUGUUUCAAAUAUUACAUGAGUGACGAUAUUAGUAAGGAUGAUGAUGGAAUGGAUGAACAGUGCAGGUGGUGUGCAGAAGGGGGCAACCUCAUUUGCUGUGACUAUUGUAGCAAUGCCUUUUGCAAAAAAUGCAUACUGCGUAAUCUUGGAAGAAAAGAGCUCUCUAGAAUCAUGAAUGAAGAUAACAAGUGGUAUUGCUAUGUGUGCCACCCAGAGCCUCUUCAAGAUAUUGUUGGAGCAUGUCAGUCGCUUCUGCUAAAUCUGGAAUGCAUGCGAAAGGCUAAGGGAGAGAGUGACAAAGCAAAACGUGAUAAUUCCAAGCACAAACAUGGAAAGGGCCAGAAUGCAGCACUGAAUGGACAGGACCUCAGCUCUCAUGGAGCUGGGACUGUAACUUUUUCCUACAAAAAGUUGAAGGUUCCAAAGGAGCUAAUCAAAAAGACAAAGAAACUUAUUGAGACAACCAGUGGCUUGAACAGCACAUUUGUGCAGUUUAUACAGCAGGUGUCAGGGCACUCUGGAGGCAAUGUUAUGAGGUACAGGCACUUGAAAGCCUUCAAAUCUGUUUUGGCUGACCUGAAAAAGGUACACAAUGCCUUGGAGGUAGCACUGGAGGAAGAAUUCAGAGCCUUGGAGCUCCAGAAUGGAGAAGAACAUGCAUUAGCAGAUAGACAGAAUCUAGAUAGUAAGGUUCCCAGCUCGCAACAUGUUGAUCAGCAUAAUGAAAGAGAGGAGGGUUUGGAUAGCACUAUAGACCAGAUUCCAGUGGUUCCUGAGGGUGACAACCAAGACGUGCUUUCAGCUGAUACAGAAAUGAAAGACAGUCCUGUGCUCUCAACAGAGGAUACCGAGCUCAAGUCAGCAGAAAGUGAAGACAAAGAAAAGAUUGUCAGUAGCGAGGUUGAACCUGACUGUGAAGAUGGUGCCACAUCAGCUGGUGAAGCCUCUCUUGACAAAGAUAUUGUAUCUAUCCCACCGUCUGUCCCUGAAGAACUCUUUGAGAUGGUUGAGAGGCUUGCGGACUGUGUAAAACAAGAGGAAGAGCAAAAUAAUAUUGAGGCUGGUGACAGUGAAGCAGACAGGAGCACAGGGUUUAAUGAAGAGGCUGCAGAGUCUGUAAAAAGUUCUUCAAAUUUGGGUAAAAAACUUGUUGUAAAGCUAACCCCUGUUCCUCUUAAGAUUACAAUUAAGAGAGAUGAAGGCACAUCACAGUCAAAGGGGCAAGAGGAUGCUCAAUCACCAGAGGAGGGGUCAGAGAGCAAACGAUCACCCAGGAUAAAGACCACUCCUCUACGCAAGUCAUCUGAGGGAAGGAGCAAGGGUGUGCCCAAGGUUUCAAGAACAGAUGGCAAAAGUCCAGGGCUUCCACCUUCCGACUCUGAUUCAGAUGAGGUCCCUGAGGUGCUUCUCCAAACAGCGGGUAUGGAGGCCAGUUCGGAUGAACGUGAAGCAGAACAUAAUGGGAAGUUAAUGGGUGAUGGUAAUGAUAAAAAAGGGCCAUCUUCUCCGCUUCAUUCAAGAACCACAAUGAAGCGCAAGCUUCAUGCAAGCUCAUCUGAUUCUGAUCACACUGAAAAAUCAUCCAUGGCAAAUAAGAAAGUUACCAAGAAGAAAAAGGGUAAAGAAUCAGACUCCUCGGAUCAUAACUCAGACCUCGAGAAGGAAAUUAGGAAACUGAGUAAGCUUAGCACAAAUAAGAAGUCACCUAAGGGAGGUAAGAAACAAGAGGAUGAGAGCAAGAAAGAGGGUAAAAAGGGUCCCAAGAGAUCGUUUGAGCGGAUACGGAGGUCACAGAGAAAUAAAGGAAAUGCUCCAAGACAGUCAUCCUCUAGCGAUGAAGAGGAGGAGCAGGUCGCAGACUCUGGAGAAGAGAGUGGUGAUCAGCAGAAGAUGAAACCUAUUCUUGAAUCCGUUGUGAGUGGCAUUGAUUCUUUUCAUCAGUCAUCAGGAGAUGAACCUGAAGUCAAGGAUGAAUCAUUUAAAAUGGUUGAUGAUGACGAUGACCCUGAGAAUAGAAUUGCAAAGAAGAUGCUGCUAGCGCAGAUCAAAGCCAAUUACUCAUCUGGGGAUGCUACUAGCUCAGAAGAUGAAGAUGACUGCCAAAAAGAGGAUGAGAAGUCUUCAGCAAAAAUAAAGAAUGAAGAUGACAAUCUAGAUGAAAACAAAGAGGAAGAGGAGGAGGCAUCCGACUCAGACUCUGGCUCGGACGUGGAUGUGAAGAAGGCCGGACGGAGACACCGUUUACUCCGCAAGAAGCUGACACUCAGUGAGGGCGAGUCUGACGACGAUGACAAACCUGCCAAAAGCAAGAAGGAGGUGAAGAGGAAAGGCAGACGGAAAGUGGACAGUGAUGACUCUGAGGAUUCUGACUUCAAGCAGUCAGGUUCGUGUUCGGCCAGUGAGUCAGCACUGAGCGAGGCAGUCAGUGAGGAGGAUGAAGACGGCAAGGGCAACAGGCGGCGUACACGAUCUUCUAAAAAAGCUGACAAGGACAGUGAAAGGAGACACCAGAAAGAAAAGAAGAAAAAGCGUCGCCGCAUCAAGGUUCAAGACUCCUCCUCUAGCGACAAGAGCGGAGAGGAGGGGGGUGAGGAUGAUGAGGACGGUGAAGACAAAGGCACUCCCAAGGGGCGGAAGAAGAUCCGCAAGAUCCUGAAGGAUGACAAGCUGCGCUCUGAGACGCAAAAUGCCCUGAAGGAGGAGGAGGAGAGGCGCAAACGCAUCGCCGAAAGAGAGCAACUGAGGGAGAAGCUGCGAGAGACGAUCGUGGUGGAGGAGUCAUCGCAGAUCACCUGCCCUAUCACCACCAAGCUGGUGCUGGACGAGGAUGAGGAGACCAAAGAGCCACUCGUCCAGGUCCACAGGAACCUGGUGACCAAGCUGAAGCCCCACCAGGUGGAUGGUGUACAGUUUAUUUGGGACUGCUGUUGCGAGUCUGUGAAAAAGACCCAGAAGUCACCUGGCUCUGGCUGUAUCCUUGCCCACUGCAUGGGUCUGGGCAAAACUCUUCAGGUGGUGACAUUCCUCCACACCAUGCUCCUCUGUGAGAAACUCAACUUCUCCACAGCUCUAGUUGUGUGUCCUCUCAACACUGUCCUCAACUGGCUCAAUGAGUUUGAGAAGUGGCAGGAGGGCUUGAAGGAUGAGGAGAGUUUAGAGGUGACUGAGCUGGCCACAGUGAAGAGGCCUCAGGAGCGGGCAUAUGCCCUGCAGAGGUGGCAGGAGGAUGGCGGUGUGAUGAUCAUUGGCUACGAAAUGUACCGCAAUCUCACGCAGGGCCGCAACAUCAAGAGCAAAAAGCUGAAAGAAACCUUCCAGAAGACACUCGUCGACCCAGGGCCAGACUUUGUUAUCUGUGACGAGGGCCACGUGCUGAAGAAUGAGGCCUCGGCCGUUUCUAAAGCAAUGAAUUCCAUCAAGACCCGGCGGCGGGUGGUGCUGACAGGAACGCCAUUGCAGAACAACCUGAUUGAGUACCACUGCAUGGUGAACUUCAUUAAGGAGAACCUGUUGGGCUCCAUAAAGGAGUUCAGGAACCGCUUCAUCAACCCCAUCCAGAAUGGCCAGUGCGCAGACUCAACGCUCACUGACGUGCGCCUCAUGAAGAAGCGUGCGCACAUUCUUUACGAGAUGCUGGCAGGAUGCGUCCAAAGAAGAGACUACACUGCCCUGACGAAGUUUCUACCCCCGAAGCAUGAGUAUGUGCUAGCGGUGCGCAUGAUGCCAGUGCAGUGCAAGCUGUACCGAUACUAUCUGGAGCACUUCACAGGUGUCGGCUCGGCCUUGGAGGGGGGUAGAGGCCGCGCGGGGACGAAGCUCUUCCAGGACUUCCAGAUGCUGAGCAGAAUCUGGACCCAUCCUUGGUGCCUCCAGCUGGACUAUAUCAGCAAAGAAAACAAGGGGUAUUUUGAUGAGGACAGCAUGGAAGAAUUCAUCGCAUCUGAAACAGAAGAGUCAUCCAUGAGUCUGACCUCCGAAGACGAGAAGCCCAAAAGGAAGAAGAAGCGGGGCAAAGGCAAGGCCCAGAGCUCAGAUAAGUCCGACAGUGACGAUGUGGAGGUGAUCAAAGAGUGGAACACCAGCUCCCGCGGCGGGAACCCGGAAGGGCGUAACCGAGCCGAGCCUGUCGAGGAGGUUCGUCCUAGCAACUCAGGUCCUGGCAGCCCAUCCCCUGACUGGUACAAGGAGUUUGUUACUGAAGCAGAUGCUGAGGUUCUAGAGCACUCUGGAAAGAUGGUGCUACUGUUUGAAAUUCUGCGCAUGGCUGAAGAAAUUGAAGAUAAAGUUUUGGUGUUCAGUCAGUCACUGAUUUCACUGGACCUCAUAGAAGAUUUUCUUGAGUUAGCAUGCAGAGCCAAAGAGGAAGGAAAGUCAUCUCCAUACAAAGGAGACGGCAAGUGGUUCAGAAACAUUGACUACUACCGGCUGGAUGGCUCAACUAAUGCCAUGACCAGGAAGAAAUGGGCUGAAGAGUUCAAUGACACCAGCAAUGUUCGGGGUCGUCUAUUCCUCAUCUCCACAAGAGCGGGAUCACUGGGCAUCAACCUGGUGGCAGCUAACAGGGUUAUCAUCUUUGAUGCCUCAUGGAACCCAUCCUAUGACAUUCAGAGCAUCUUCAGGGUGUACCGAUUCGGCCAGCUGAAAACAGUGUUUGUCUACAGGUUCUUGGCCCAGGGAACCAUGGAGGACAAGAUCUAUGACAGACAGGUGACCAAGCAGUCCCUGUCAUUCCGAGUAGUGGACCAACAGCAGAUUGAGCGCCACUUCACCAUGAAUGAACUGACUGAACUAUACACCUUUGAGCCAGACCAAUUAGAUGAUCCUUCUGAGAAGAAAAGCAAGAGGGCCACGCCCAUGUUACCCAAGGACCCUUUUCUGGCUGAGUUGCUCCAAAGCUUCAAGGACCAGAUUGUGGGCUACCACGAGCACGACUCUCUGCUCGACCACAAGGAGGAGGAAGCUCUGAGUGAGGAGGAGCGCAAGGCGGCCUGGGCUGAGUAUGAGGCAGAGAAGAAGGGUCUCUCCAUGCGCUUCAACCAGCCAGCGUAUCCACACAUGGGCAUCGGGGCAUCGCCCAACUACUUCCCCUUCAACGUGGCUGCCCUGGCCUCCAUGACCAACCAGCAGCUGGAGGAGCUGAUCAACCAGGGCCGACAGAAGGUGGUGGAGGCCACCAACGCACUGAAGGCCCUGCCCAGGCAGCCCCUGGAGGACAUCAUCAGUCAAGUGUGGAAGGAGAACCCAAACCUGACGGAGGCACAGGUACAGGGCAUGGCCUUGGGAAGACAGGCCAGCAUUGAGCUGGAGCUCAAGCACAGAGAGGCAGUGUACAGAGACAUUCUCAACAAGCAACAAACGCUGAUGAUGUACGUGCAGAAGGUGAUCGCCAACCGCAAGGUCCAAGAGCAGCAGCUGGCCAUGGCCAGACAGGGGCUGCUCAUCAACCAGCUUGCCAUGCAGAACGGCAUUGCCGGGGGCAUGAGUCAGAUGGAGAUCCUGGGCUUGUACCAGCAGCUGGGGGCCCUUCAGGGUCUCCCCAGCCCCCAACUGGGCAAGAAUCCAGGGCCUUCUAAGGGCCUGUAGAUGCCCUGCUCAGCAUGGUGCGGAUUCUGAACAGCUGGGAGGGCACGCCUUGAGCACCCUCCCACUGCCCCUCUCCAGCUCUCAUCUAGAAGUCUGUAAUGGAAGUCUGGAAGAAUUUGUUGCAAUGGAUUUUGGCAGUUUAGUUUGUAAUUCUGUGUAAAUAUAGCCUUAAUGUUAUUGAAGGUUUAUUUCUGUUUCCCACAUAUUUAAUGUAUAUCCCCCCCAAAUGCUUUAAAGCAUUGCAUUGUUCUUUUCCCCUUAAAUAAGGGCUGUGCAUUAUUAGGGUUUUUUUAAAUACAGGACAAGGAAAAAAAAUUAACUGAACCUCUGUGGGACCAUAGUGUUGCUCAUUAGAGAUUUGUAUGUUAUAAAUGAUCUAGAAGAAUCUAUGUUAAUAGAUACUACGUUAAUAUCUAUCUACUAGUGGAUGAUCAAUGGUGCUGUGAAGCCAAGUGCUGCAGAGGCACUGUUAUCAACACUUUAAACAAACAAACAAACAAAAAUUCAUGCAGUGAUGGCCUUACAUCAGCUAAAUUAGAUGUUUUCAAACACAAUGAACAGAUCCCCUUUUUUCUAUUAUGCUUUUAGGCUUUUACACUUGUUGUUGUCAUGUAAUGGAAUGCCUGUGUUGUUAAAACUGCUUGCCGGAUUCCCACUGGACUUUUGUAACCUCCCAGUUUCUUGUUGUAAAGUGUUGCCUAGCAUAGUGUUGUAACUACCGUUUCAUCUGUUUCCAUCCACACGUUGUAGCCCAAGCUCUUGCCUUUCUCAGAUGACUGGUUAUGUGUUUCUGUAACUUGAAGGCAAUUUCAAAUGGUUAGGCUGCAGGUAUCUGGUAAUGCUAACUAACCAUGCUAGGCUGGCCCUCAGGCUACAUUCUCUACUUUGGGACAUUUCUGCUUUGGAUGCGAAAAUGGCGUAGAUGUUUCUAAUCGCAGACUACAAGCUCCCUCAUUUGCACAGGGUGUAUUUCAGAAAUGUAGAGGAACUUUUAUCCCUCCCAAGAAUGGUCUCAUGUUAGCAAAUACACCAACUUGUUUUGCCAUUAAUCUGACCUGCUAUUUACUAGAUUAAGUAUUUAAUAUUACAUUUAAAUAAAGUGACCAAAAUGGUGA